AUGGUAGCCCGCGUAUCGGAUGCGGCGAACAAGGUCAAGGAAAAUAUCGGCCGGGUGCUGGUGGGGAAAGAAGAAGUGGUGGAACUCACACUGGCUGCGGUGUUGAGUGGUGGACAUAUUCUGGUAGAAGACGUGCCUGGCAUUGGUAAGACCACGCUGGCACGAGCAUUGGCUGGUUCCUUGGACUGUGUCUUCAGGAGGAUUCAGUUUACUCCGGAUCUGAUGCCUUCAGACAUUACCGGCAUAAAUUACUACAACCAGAAGAGCGGCGAAUUUGAAUUCCGGGCCGGCCCCAUAAUUGCGCAGGUUGUCCUGGCAGAUGAAAUUAACCGGGCUACCCCCCGCACCCAGUCCGCCCUCUUGGAAGGUAUGGGCGAGCGGCAACUGACAAUUGAUGAAGUCACCAUUCCCUUGCCGGCCCCUUUCUUGGUAAUUGCGACCCAGAACCCCAUUGAGCUUGAAGGUACUUUCCCUCUCCCUGAAGCACAACUGGACCGUUUCCUGCUUCGGUUGCAUUUAGGCUACCCCGACGAAGAGCAAGAAGAGGAAAUGUUACUUCGAUUCGAGACAUCUGACCCAUUGGCCCAAAUAGAGCCAGUGGCCAGCGGGCCCGAAAUUCUUGAAUAUCAGGCUUUGGCCCGGCAGGUUUACGUUGACCCGGUGCUUCGAAAUUAUACAGUGCGUAUUGUUCAGGCUACUCGACAACAUCCGGAGGUCGAACUUGGCGCCAGUCCUCGAGCCACCAUGGGUAUGUACCGAUGCAGCCAGGCCUUGGCUGCUAUACGAGGAAGAGAGUACGUAACUCCGGACGAGAUCAAACAAUUGGCCCCUUAUGCCCUCAGCCAUCGAGUAAUUCUCAAGUCGCAGGCACGACUGAGGGAACGAACCCCGGAUGGCAUUAUCAAGGAAGUCCUCGAAUCGGUAACCGUACCGGUAUAG